ACAUAAAUAACAUAACCUCAAAGUGUCACGCUUGCUUUGUUGCACCACGAACUUGGCAAAAUAAGUUUGCUUGAAAUAUUGAUUUGAAUUUAAAAGUUUUAUAAAAAUCAUCAAAAAUGGCGGAACAAGUAAAUCAAAGAAUCGAGGAUAUGAUCAAUGAGUUGGAGCAGAUGCGGAGAACACAAUUAUUUGACGACGAAGAAAUUAAAGAAAUAUCAAGAAAAAGAAAAGAAUUUGAAUACCAUAUACAGCGGAGAGUGAAACAAAAGGAGGAUUUUGUACAAUACAUAGCUUAUGAACUAGCUUUGUUAGAAGAUAUAGCACUAAGAAGAAGGAGUGCUAACCUGGGAGAAAAGAAGAAAGACAUAGAGUAUGCCAUAGCCAAGAGACUGAACAAAGUGUUCAAACAGUUUAUAUACCGGUUCCAGAAUGAUAUUGAAAUAUACUUUGAGUACAUCAAGUUUUGCAGGAGUGUUGGAUUUGAAUAUGCUAUUUCUGGGAUUAUUGGGCAAAUGUUACAGAUACAUGGAGACAAACCAAAAGUAUGGCAGUUAGCUAGCAAAUGGGAGAGCAAGGAGCAGAACAAUCUGGAUAAUGCUAGAAACUUCUUACUGAAAGGAAUACAGAGACAUCCGGAUUCUGAAGUGUUGUACUUGGAGCUGUUUGAUAUCGAACUCAUUACUUUCACGUUUAAAACUGAGACUGAUGAAGAUAAAGAAAAACAAAUAAAAAGAGCAGACGUCAUUUGGAGAAAUGGAGCUAAAACCAUUCAAAAUGUGAAAUUCCUAUUCAGUAUUUUUGAUCUAUGUGCAAAAUACGAAAUGAAAGACCCAUUUGUUGAUGAUAUCAAAAAGGAAAUCUGGUCCAGGAGGGAUAGCAAAGAUGUAUGGUCUUACAUAGCCUCCAAGGAGUUAAAUGGUUGCCAUUGGGAAGAAAUUGAAGAAUAUGCAGAUGAAGAUCCAGCUUUUUCAAAAGAAGUUAACUAUUUUAUUGGAAUUUAUGAAGAGGCACUGCAAAAGUUCCCAGAUGAAGCUCUAUGCACAAAAUACAUCCAUGAGUUGCUAGGUGCUAACGAGAAUGUAUGCAGUGACCACCAGAGAAUAAAAGCAGUCAAACACGCUUGGAACUAUGGUAACGAAAAUGGACUGCUCUCAAAUGACAUGUUUGCCUUUGGAAUUGAAAUUUUGAAGCUGGAAAAUGAAACAUCUAAUGAUGAAUUGAUGCAGAUACUAGAUUCAGCAGCAAAAAGGAACCCUAAACUCAGGAGUGUCUGGGAAGAAAAAAUACUCCUGAGUAAGCCAGAUGAAAAGAAAAUGUUGUCUGUUCUACAAGAUGCUGUGAAAGGAUUGAAAUCAGAUGAUUUGUUACAUCUCUAUAACUUAGUUCUCGAUAAUGUACAAUCUGACACUGCACUAAAGAAUCUAUACAAAAAGUUCCAGAACUGUGAGAAUGCUGUUUUGUUAGCAAUCAAACCUAAACUUCUCCAGAAAAUGUAUGAAAAGAGUGGCAUAAAGGCUGCAAGAGAUUUGUAUGAAGACUUAGUCAGAACCCCACCCACUCAGAUUGAUGUUCACAAGAAUAUGAUUGACAUAGAGAUGGCUCAGGAUAAGCCAAAUGCUAAGAGUAUUAGGAAAUGUUAUGAAUGUGCAGUCCAGCAUCAUGGUACUGACAAUGUGGACAUCUGGAUGAAGUACAUGGUGUUUGAAACAGAAAACAACCCUCAAGCUACUCCUGCCAUCUACAGACGAGCAGUAAGCACGUUGAAGAAAGAACUUGUUGAUGACUUUAUAAAAGCACAGACUCUAGCCAAAAUAAAAUAAUUUUUAAUUUCUGAAA